GCAAACCAAAGUAUCCAUCGACCUAGUAAGCUCGCUGCCAUGCUUGACGAAGGCACAAUGAACUGGGAUGCGCUGCGAGCUCAGAGCCUCCGUCCUGGUGGAUUCGGAAAGGAAAGAACACGUGUCUGGUGCGCGGACUCGCUGCAACUGUUUACUAGUUUUCGCCGCGAGCUGCUUAACUUAUCAUAUGCUCACAGGCCUGCCCUUCUCGGAGUCCGCGUUCCGUCAGAACCCCCUCCAUAUGCAGAGGUGUCUCCGGAACCUUCUACAAACGAUCCGCCCCAUCCCGAGGAGCGUCAAGUACGUUUGGACACCGACCGGAGCUUUGUGAUGUAUCCCGUAGGCAAUGCAGACGACGACGACGAAAGUCGCCGAACUGUAUUGCAGGCUUCUCUCAACAGUUUAAUCGUUUCCCUCCUCCGAAAGCGUCGGAAGUUGCACUAUUUCCAAGGAUACCAUGACAUUGUCACUGUUAUUUUACUAACUCUUCCACCAGAGCUUCAGCUCCCUUGUGUAGAAAAGCUUUCCCUCCAUCGAGUGAGGGACUCUAUGGGACCCACGUUAGAGCCUGUAUUGGGACUUCUCCGGAUCACGCGUAAUCUUCUGCGUAUAAUCGACCCUAAGUAUGCAAUGCUGCUUGAGAGCAUUGGACCCCUACCGUUCCAUGCCCUAUCAAACCUUCUCACCCUCUUUUCACACGAGGUACCCACCCUACCCCUUAUUCAGCAUGUCUGGGAUUUUCUACUCUGCCGGGAACCUUUGGCAGUGGUGUGGCUAGCCGUCGCUGUCAUUCUCGUUCGAAAACCUGAUGUUCUUCAAUUAGCAGCAGAAGACGAGGAUGGCAUGAUACACUCAAUUUUGAAUGCUCUGCCUGCACUCAGCGAUGAUCCCGAAACAGAAAAUGCCGUUCCCUCCGAUCAACAUACCCGAUCAGGAUCACUAGAUGAGGAAGAUACAGUUACCUUCAACACGGAGGAGGCGACGCGGCUCUCAGAUACACCCGACGAAAACAUAAGCAACGAGCUUUCUAUAGGACAACCUCAAAUGAUCGAACAGAAACCAGUCCCCUGUUUGACAGAGAAUGGAGCGUUCACAAAUAUCACCGGUGAUCAAGUCGUACGCGGAGAGAGCAAUUUGGCUACUGAUGCCGGCCACUCUGCUGAGAAUUGGGCCAUCCAACCAUCGGAUGAUUCACGCCCCGCGUUAUUCUCAGCUCAACCUCAGGAAACCGAGGAAUGUCCGGCCAUAAUUUCUUCAGAGACUCUCAUCGAUAAUACUGCCAAAACCCCACCGUUCCUUUCUAGGCCGACAUCCCCUACGUCGUCACGUAUAUCGCGUUCUAGUUUCCGCACUGCCUCCCGUUCGCCCUCAUCACCCCCUCAAAAAUUCUGCCGGCCUCCAAUCUCACUUCCGUCCCUGCUAACACACGCCGCACAGCUCCUUGAGGCUUAUCCUCCCACCCUUCCCGAGCUGCGUGUUAAGGACAUACUUGGGCCCAAGAGCGUUAUGCACACGUGGAAACCUCCCCAAGAUAGUUUCUCCACACAAUGCGGCAAUGAACUUGAUGACGAGGCAGAGAGCUGGGUUGGGAGCCCUGACGUUGUUGUCCCGUUUAUGGAAGAUGAGGAUAUUGAAAGCGAAAAUGAGCGAAAGACAAAGUCACGCACAGGCCCCGUGACAAGGCACCGGAGACUCGUUCUCCUUCACCGCCUGCGUCUUCGGCUCGGACUGCUUACCCCUACAGAAAAACGAAUACUUUUGCUAGGUGCGGUAGCGGCAGUUGGCUUUGCCGUUGCCUUUCGGCAGAACAAGGGCUUUUUAGACACGAGGAAAGGGUGGAUAACAUGGGCAUGGGCAUGGGCAUUCAGCGGUGGAAUUCGGUUUAGAACUGUAGAAUGAAUCACACCAUAAAAUAUCUGUGCAUCGUAUCACAUAUAAUCACUGGACAACUUGGCAUUUUUAUGGAACACUUACCUAGUCUUCAAAUGUCAGGAACCUCGAUCACAGGCGUAGCAUUCUGAUCAACUCGCGCGGGAAGUUUUUAUUUUGGAUAGAUUUUAUGAUUACGGACAAGUUUUACUGCUGGCGAUGCUGCAACAGUUCAGGAUUCCAUUUCGAUUGUGGCGUUGUGACUGUGAUCACGAAGUCUCCCUUCCACAAAAACUCGAUCGAACAUGAUUCUGGCAUACCGAAGCCGUUCCUUCACACGUUUUCGCAAUCACUAACAGUUGGUGCACUGAAAACUGGUGUCUUAUCGACAGGAAGUUGAGGUGAUAUCUAAUACCAUCAGAACGUUGACAACACAUCUUUUAGCUAUGC